AUCAUCGAACAAAGCAUAUUUAUUUGGCGAUUGGUUCUAAGCAUGGAUUAGUAUCACUUGCUGCCAGUAGAUACCACCAAUUGGUGUUGCUGAAACAGGUUCUUAAAAAUGAAGUUAUUUAAUCUGAAUUUGUUCUUCGCGUUUAUAAGUUUUGCAGCUGCGAAUUAUUGUUUCAAGACCUAUACAUUUCAAGAAAGUGGAAGCUCGCGAUGCAGGCAUCGUUUGCCGAAUCGUGAUUUAGAAAACGUUGAAGAUUGUUGUCUGCUUUCCGGUGUUGAAGGCUUUGCAACAAACCGCAAAGGAUUCCGGUGUGUUGCUUGUCAGAGUAAACCAACUAGUUCGAGUGCCGAUUGGUCAGUUUGGAGUGACUGGCGCCCUUGUAGUGCAACCUGCGGUGGAGGAACUCAACUACGGUUUAGGGUUUGUGAAUCUGGUACCUGUUCUGGAAAUGCCGUUGAUAUAAGACAAUGUGCCGACCAAAAUGCAUGCCCAGUGGCAGUUGAUGGGGGAUGGACACGUUGGAAGAAAUGGAGCAAAUGUUCAGUAACAUGCGGCAAAGGGACACAAUACCGCUUAAGGAGUUGUUCAAAUCCAGCACCCUCUAACGGCGGUAGACCUUGUGUAGGCCUAGAUCAAAUAGAACGAUCGUGCACUGUCCAAAAAAAGUGUGUUGUUCAUGGAGGUUGGAGCUCAUGGAGCGGUUUCUCUGAGUGUGAUAGAUCAUGUGGCGCGAAUGCUUUAAAAUUACGAACUCGACUUUGCAACAACCCUGUACCAGCCGAAGGAGGUAACGACUGCCAAGGUGAUGACGUUGAUAUAGUACCAUGCACCGAUGUUGGACCAUGUCCAGUCGAUGGUUCAUGGAAUACAUGGUCUGCGUGGUCCGAAUGCAGUGUCACUUGUGAAAACGGAGUCGUAAUUAGAACACGUCAAUGUAACGACCCUAGUCCACAAAAUGGAGGCAAAUAUUGCGUUGGUGAAGAAAGACAGACUAAAGAGUGUAUUAUGAACGGAAAAUGCCCAGUUCAUGGAGGUCUGACGGAAUGGGGAGCGUGGAGUAUCUGUGGUGCUGAACGCUGUGGAGGAUCCGGCCACCGUUACCGCCAUCGACACUGUACUAACCCGGUACCAGAAUACGGUGGCAAAUUGUGUUCAGAAGUGCAACACAUUAUGGAAUCGUGUAUAAAGGAGUGCAGUGCACCGACUGACCCAAGUCCAAAGAAGAAAUGCAGGUCAAAAGCUAAGCCUGAUACUACGAAAAAGGUUUUUCCGAGUUCGGAGUCAUCGUCGCAUGGUUCCUUGUCAUUUCCAAGCAUGGAAGAUCCAGAUGUAUCAAUACCGAUUGUUAACGUCAAUCUACUAGGCAUCCAUCCGUUAUCUCGCACAGCACGUCAGGUAGUGGCACCGGACCCUGGAUUUCGUGCGGAUCCACGUCUGCCAGAUGGGUUUCGUGGGUCCGAAGGUGAAUCAGAAUCAAAUGUAUCCUCACUAGACAAGAUUGAGAUUGAAGCUAUAAUUCUCGGAAAAGAACAACCAGUUGUUGUUGACCGUGAAAUUGACGACGAUUCUGUUUCUAUAUCUGUAUCCAGCAACGCUAGCCCCUUUCGGGAGAGUGACCGCAAUGAGAUUGACGGGACUGUACAGGUGAAUGAUGACCUUGAGGAGGAUUCUGAAGUAGAACCGUCUUUCAGUUCAUCUGAUAGUGGAUGGGAAGAUUGUGAAGAAGAAACAAGUAAUGUCGAACUACCUUCAGUUUCAAUUGAAUCUGAGCUUUCGUCUAGUUUAGACGUUCAAAACCAAAAUAUCGAGUGGUCAAGUUCUUCAAAUCAACAUAAUGUCAAUAAUAAGGAUAGUGAAGAAACCAAUGAUGCCAUGGUUAGUAAACCUCUUGCAGAUGAUCCACAAAUCUCAGAUGACGAAAAAAGUUCAUUUAGUUCCAGCUGAAUGUUUCAAAUUACUAUAUAUCAACCUAACGCAAAUUAUUUUAUCAUCACAAUAGGAAUUUGUCUGAUAUUGUGAGUAAAUAAUGUAAAUAUUGUAAAAUUUAUGAUGACAUGUAUAUUUAUGUAAAUAAUUUUUAUAUACAGUAGUUUCAACAGAUCAAUAAACUUCCAAUGUAACUAUUUUAACAUUAUAAUACCGUAUCUCAUUUUCCAAUAUACUGUAAAUCACUGUACAGUUCAUACCGUACCUUUUUAAUAUGAAUUUUACAGGUAUUUUUUUUAUUGUUCUACUAUAUUUAGGCCUAUACAGCAAUGUUUAACAAAAUUCCAAAGUAUUUAAUUUUAUCGUCUUAAUGCAACUCCCAAUAUACUAUCUCAUAAUUAUAUGGUAUUACUUAUGUGUUUGUCAAUCAUAUUUUAUUUCUGCAAUAUCUUGAGCUAUUUUUAUAUAGGCCUAAUGGUUAUGUUCGGAAAUAUUUUUUGCUUAUCAAGAUGUAAUAAAUAGACUUAUUAAAAGUGGGCUGCCCCCACGAAAGAUAAAGGAUAAAUAA